AUGGUUUGGCUUUGGGCCACUUCCAUGACAAUCUCUUCCAUCUUCUUCAUUUUCGUUCUCUUUUUCUUUAUUUUCCGUUUCUUCCGUAAAACCUCUGCACUUCAUUUUCUGAAACGCUGGUGGCUUUCGUUUGAAAGCCGUCUUCAUCUUCAUCAAUCCUUCAAAGUUCCGCUCUACGACCAUAAUUUCCGGGAAAAUCAGCUUUACCGGAAAAUUAUUACGUACCUUGAUUCAUUACCUUCCGUUCAGGACUCCGAUUUCACCAACCUCUUCUCCGGUACUAAUCCGUCUGAUAUCUUCCUUCAUCUCGACGCGAAUCAAAUCGUUCAUGAUACUUUCUUAGGAGCUAAGCUUUCUUGGACGAACAAUACUGUUGCCGGUGACUCCGCGUCAGCGCUGGUGCUUAGAAUGAAAAAGAAAGAUAAACGUAGGGUUUUUCAGCAGUACUUCCAGCAUAUUCUCUCGGUGGCAGAUGAAAUUGAACAACGAAGGAAGAAGGAUAUAAAAUUGUUCAUGAAUUCUGGCUCCGGGGAAACACAUCGGUGGCGUUCGGUUCCGUUCACGCAUCCGGCAAGCUUCGAAACGGUGGCGAUGGAUGUAGAAUUGAAAAACAAGGUUAAAACAGAUCUGGAUCAGUUUCUGAAAUCAAAGCAAUACUACAACAGAUUAGGCCGCGUUUGGAAGAGGAGUUAUCUUCUCUACGGUGCAUCCGGUACCGGGAAAUCUAGUUUCGUAGCUGCUAUGGCGAAGUUCCUCUGUUAUGACGUUUACGAUAUCGACGUUUCCAAGGUGGUGGACGGUUCCGAUUGGAAAACGCUGUUGAUGCAAACUACGCCGAAGUCAAUGAUCUUAAUCGAGGAUCUCGAUCGUUUACUAGCGGGAAAAUCAACGUCUGUUAAUUUAUCAAGUGUAUUGAACUUCAUGGAUGGGAUAAUGUCUUGUUGCGGUGAAGAGCGUGUGAUGGUGUUCACGAUGAACGGUACAAAAGAUGAAGUUGAUCAAGCUGUGUUGAGACCUGGGAGAGUUGAUGUUCACAUACACUUCCCCUUAUGUGAUUUCUCCACCUUUAAGAUUCUCGCAAAUAGUUAUUUAGGGUUGAAGGAACACAAACUUUUCCCUCAGGUGGAAGAGGUUUUUCAGACCGGUGCGCGGCUCAGCCCGGCGGAAAUCGGUGAAAUUAUGAUAUCGAACCGAAAUUCGCCGAGUCGAGCCUUGAAAACAGUUAUAACCGCUAUGCAGGUGCAAUCCAACGGCCAGGGGCAGAGAUUGAGUAAUAGUGGUUCGGGUCGGAGCUCCGACGAGGUUAGUGAUGCAAAUGGUGUGAUAUGUAGAGAGAGUGUUCAUACGGUGAGGGAGUUUCGAAAGUUGUAUGGGCUUUUGCGUUUGGGAAGUAGGAGGAAGGAGGAGUCUGGUUAUUCGGGUCCCAUAGAGAAAGAACCGCCACGCAUCGAGGGUCGGGUCGGAUGA